CUUCCAAAUGAUUCGUUGCCAUUUUGUUUUAACCCGGACAGAGUUCGCGAUAAUUUGACCCGUUGAGAGAGUUUAUUUUAAUGACGCAAUGGACACGAGUCGCGUGUGAAGAAGCAUUUGAAGCAUUUACCAAAGGAAUGAUGAGUGAAUUAGUGAAAUGAGUGAAAAAAAGAUGAAACGACUCAUAAUGCGUUACCAUUAUAGGAAUCGAAUCAAAGAGCCGAAUCAUUCGUAACGACACAUUACUGGUUGCUAGCUAGCAAGCUAAGUUUGACGGCAUGGCGGGGUCAGUUGUGGCUUCUGCCCCAGUAAGUAGUAGCUAGUUUGCUCUGUAAGUAGAUGUUUAUCUAGCUCCUAACAUGUCGGUUGUGACAGUGCAGUUAGGUCAGUGCGGGAAUCAGGUUGGACCAGAACUGUUUAGCACUGUGUAUGAAGAUUCCACUGGAGCGAAUUCAAAAACUUAUAAACAGUGCAGUGAUGAGAGAUUCUUCAGGGAGAGCUCAGAUGGAGUGCUGGCGGCACGUGCAGUGCUUAUUGACAUGGAGCCCAAAGUAAUUACUCAAGCCAUAGCGAAGGCAUCAGCCUCAGGGAAAUGGAGAUAUGGGGAAAAAUCCCACUUCUGCCAGAAACAAGGCUCUGGAAACAACUGGGCAAAUGGUUACUGUGUUCACGGCCCUCAGCAUAAGGACGCAGUGGAAGAUCUGGUGCGGCGGGAGGCAGAACGCUGCGAUCGCCUUGCAGGAAUAUUUGCCAUGAUGAGUGUGGCCGGUGGUACGGGUUCUGGAGUGGGCACCUACAUCACCCAGUGUCUGCGAGACACCUAUCCACAUGCAUUUAUUCUUAAUCACCUGACAUGGCCCUAUGGAACAGGAGAGGUUAUCGUACAAAACUACAACUCGGUUCUCACCCUGUCUCGUCUCUACACGCUCUCGGACGCGCUCGUGGUGCACGAGAACGACACAGUUCACAAAAUCUGCAGCCAGCUGAUGAACAUCAAGCAUAUCGCCAUGUCUGACCUCAACAAGGUGAUCGCUCAUCAACUAGGCAGCGUGCUGCAGCCUGCAUACACCGCAGACUCGCCUGCUCACUACACCACAAACCCCAUAGGUGAAUUGCUGACCUCCCUGGUGUGUCAUCCCGAAUACAAACUGCUCAACGUGUUGAACAUUCCUCACAUGUCUCGGACAUCUCUGGCUUACAGUGCCUACACCUGGUCUGGACUGCUCAAGCAUCUCAGACAAAUGCUUAUUGCCAAUGCCAGAAUGGAGGAAGGUAUCAAUUGGAAAGUGUGUGCGCCGUCGAACAGAGCAGAAAGCACAAGAAACACACACAUGGGUUUUAACAGAUCGCUCUCUAAUCUUCUGAUACUGCGUGGUAAAGAUGUUUCUUCUGCCGACGUAGGAGCAUUUAAGGAGCCUGGACUCUACGUGCCCUGGCUUCCAGCAGAUGGCACUUUCCAUACGUGGCACUCACCCGUACCCUUCAGUGGCUACGAGAAGCUGGCCACAUUACUCAGCAAUAGCCAGUCACUUUUAAAUCCUCUGGAUAAUAUUGUCAAGAAGGCCUGGAACAUGUUUGCGUCAAGAGCCUACAUUCAUCAAUACACCAAAUUUGGGGUUUCAGAAGAGGAUUUUCUCGAAAGCUUUACCCUGUUGGAACAGAUCAUCUCCAGCUACACUCACCUUUGAACCUACCUCAUUAUUUUAAAGGGUGUUUUAUAAGAUUAUUCCUGCCUGCUAAGUGUACAGAGAAAGUGUCUGUGGUUUUUAUUGCAUUAAAUCAAGUUCUCAGCUCCUUGUCCAGACUUUUUUUCUUCUUCUCCUUUUUUCAAUAAAAACGGUCAUUUCACCACUUCCUGAAUAAGAUUUCAAGAAUAUCUGUCUCCGCUUGUCCAGGUUUGUCAGGUUUCUGUGUCUCUGUACUAAUUUCCCCCCUUCAAGUAAAAAUGCAAA